UACUUAAUCACUGCCACGUCCGCACAUCCAGCUCUAACUAAUCAUCCUUUCGCCUGCUCGUCGCCGGCCGCGGCGACGCCACCGAUCAGUCGACGCCCUCUCGCCUUGUCCCCGGGAGCCUCACACGAGCAUCGAACCCUCUCCGCAGAAGCAAAGCACGCCUCGCUCGGUUGCUAUUGUUGUACGUUUCUGGGAUUGCAGCAUGUAUAUUUGAGCGCAUAGAGCUUGCAGUUAGUUGGUGCUUUGAUUCAAGCUGUAAUAGGUCGCAAUGGGCAUCCUACGGCCCAGUUCGGUCUGGCGGUUGCUCCACGUGCUGGUUCUUGUUUGCACCUUGCGCCAGAUUCUUUUUGCUGGAUCAGUGGCCGCACAAACUGCUCAAUUGAGUGUGGAUGCUUCACCUCAGAAUGUUCAGAUGAUCCCUGGAAAUAUGUUUGGCAUCUUCUUUGAGGAGAUCAACCAUGCCGGGGCUGGUGGAUUGUGGGCAGAGCUUGUAAGCAACAGAGGUUUUGAAGCUGGUGGUCCUAAUACUCCUUCAAACAUUGACCCAUGGUUGAUUAUUGGAGAUGAAUCAAAUAUUGUUGUGGCAACAGAUAGGUCAUCCUGUUUUGCUGGUAACCCAAUUGCACUUCGAAUGGAAGUACUUUGUGAAGCUAGUGGAACUAAUGCCUGCCCGUCAGGAGGUGUUGGAAUCUACAAUCCUGGUUUCUGGGGCAUGAAUAUUGAGAAGACAAAGGUUUAUAGAGUUAGCAUGUACAUUAAGUCAUCAGACUCGGUGGAAUUGGCAGUUUCCUUGACAAGUUCAGAUGGUCUACAAAAUCUAGCUGCUCAUACCAUCACAGCUGACAAGGAAGAUUUUGCCGAGUGGACGAAGGUUGAAUUUGAUUUGCAAUCAAAUGAAAGAAAUACUAAUUCAAGACUUGAGCUUACAACCAGCAAAAGUGGCAUAAUUUGGUUUGAUCAAGUAUCACUUAUGCCAUCAGAUACUUACAUGGGGCAUGGUUUUCGUAAAGAUCUUGUCUCUAUGCUGGCAAACCUGAAGCCUCGAUUUCUAAAAUUUCCAGGUGGCAACUAUGUAAUGGGGAAUUAUUUAUUAAAUGCAUUCCGCUGGAGUGAAACUGUUGGACCAUGGGAAGAGAGACCUGGUCAUUUUAAUGAUGCUUGGGGCUACUGGACUGAUGAUGGACUUGGAUUUUUGGAGUUCCUCCAACUAGCAGAAGACCUUGGUGCUUACCCAGUUUGGGUGGUCAAUGAUGGGGCCAGCCUCAAUGAAGAAGUUCCAUCUGCAACAAUUGCUGCUUUUGUAAAGGAUGUUGUUAAUGGAAUUGAUUUUGCCAGGGGAGACCCCCAGACUGCAUGGGGUUCAGUUCGUGCAGCAAUGGGGCAUCCAGAUCCCUUUCAGCUUUAUUAUGUUUCAAUAGGGAAUCAAGAAUGUUCGAAGUACUACUAUAAAGAGAACUACGUGAAGUUCUAUUCUGCGAUAAAAGCAUCCUACCCAGACGUCAAAAUCAUAUCAAGCUGUGAUAGAUCUGCUAUUUCACCAGUCAACCCUGCUGAUCUAUAUGAUGUUCAUGUCUAUACCUCAUCUAGUGAUAUGUUUUCCAAAUCUACAAUGUUUGAUAACUCUGCCCGUAAUGGACCCAAGUGUAAUCUGCAGGCAAUUGUCAGUGAAUAUGCUGUGACUGGAAACGAUGCUGGCCGAGGAACACUCAUAGCUGCUUUAGCUGAAGCUGCAUUUCUCAUUGGAUUAGAAAGAAACAGCGAUGUGGUUGAGAUGGCAAGCUGUGCCCCACUCUUUGUAAAUGACAAUGAUCGCAGGUGGAAUCCAGAUGCCAUAGUCUUUAACUCAUGGCAACAUUAUGGAUGUCCAAAUUACUGGAUGCUACACUUCUUCAAGGAUUCAAGUGGUGCAACACUCCAUCCGACUAUUCAACUGUCAAACUAUGAUCAAUUGGUCACGUCUGCUAUCACUUGGAAGAAUCCGCAAGAUGGGAACACUUACCUGAAAAUAAAGGUUGUAAAUUUCGGUAGCAAAGCUGUUAAUCUUAAUAUAUCUGUAACCGGGCUGGAAACUGAUAUUCAGACAUUUGGAUCCAUAAAGACGGUUCUUACGUCUGGUUGGCUGCGGGAUGAGAACUCCUUCCAACAACCAGACAAGGUGGUGCCGGUGGCAAGCCCGAUAACCAACGCGCGAGAGCAGAUGGGUGUUGUGCUGGAUUCGUACUCCCUCACCUCAUUUGAUCUCCUCUUGGUCUCGAGGUCGAGCUUGCAUCCAAGCAUGUGAAUACAUUGUGUAAUGUGGCCACGAUAGGGCUCCUCCAAUAGAAAAUUCAAUAUAUGUGGAUAAAUAUGAAGUACAGCCGUUUAUUUGUACGUGAAAGUCAUCAAGCCAAAUAAAUUAUAUGAUAACUAAGCUAUCAGGCUCA